AAGUACUGGCAAUUUUCCACACGGUUUGGCGCUAUAAGAGUAAACAAAAGAGGGAGAGAGUAUGGUGAGGAAGUGGCUCUGGCAAUAGAAAGAGAUUCCACAGUGGAACCAUGGUUGUGAAGAAAAGCCACCUCUUCUUCUUCUGUUUAUUCUUCUCCCUCUUUCUCUUCAUUAACGCUAAGCUCCAUUUUCACCCUUCAGACCUCAAGGCUCUCUUGGCUCUACAAAACGAACUCGGAGUCAACGGUCAACUCCGAGCAACAACCACCGCAAAUCCCUGUGACACCGAGGGCGUGUUCUGUGAAAGGAGACUCUCCAACAAGGAAACCUACGUGCUCCGAAUCACAAGACUCGUGUUCAAAUCCAAGCACCUCAAUGGUGUCUUGUCCCCUACCAUUGGACGCCUCACAGAGCUAAAAGAACUCUCUCUCCCCAACAACAAACUCGUUGACCGAAUCCCACCCCAAAUCGUUGACUGCAGAAAACUCGAAAUCCUCGACCUCGGUAACAACCUCUUCUCCGGCGAAGUCCCUUCGGAACUCUCCUCGCUCACGCGCCUGCGCGUGCUCGACGUCUCCUCCAACAAACUCUCCGGCAACCUUAACUUCCUCAAACACUUCCCAAACCUCGAAACCCUCUCCAUCGCCGACAACCUCUUCACAGGAAGAGUCCCAAACUCCGUUCUCUCAUUCCGCAACCUCAAACACUUGAACUUCUCCGGUAACCGUUUCCUCGAAGGCUCACUCUCUCUCAACAAACGUUUCCCUCACCCACCAUUAGAUAACUCUCUCCCGAAACGUUACAUCUUAGCCGAAACCCCUUCAACCAAUGACAACAUUAACAACGCUCCCGCACCUUCUCCAAAAUCCUCGCACAAGAAUAACACCAAAGGUUCUCAUACUUCUGCAUCAGCUCCUUCUCCUUCUUCUUCAACUCACCACCAUCACAAGUCGAAUAAGAGAAAACUGGUAGGGUGGAUUCUGGGUUUUUUGGCUGGGGCAGUGGCUGGAACCAUUUCAGGUUUCAUAUUUUCCUUGUUGUUUAAGCUAGCUUUGGCUUUGAUAAAGGGCAGAGGGAAGAGUGGAGGACCUGCUAUUUAUAGUCCUUUGAUUAGAAAAGCAGAGGAUUUGGCUUUCUUGGAGAGAGAAGAGGGUUUGGGUUCGUUGGAAAUCAUUGGAAGAGGAGGGUCUGGAGAGGUUUACAAAGCCGAGUUACCAGGAAGCAAUGGUAAAUGGAUUGCUAUAAAGAAGAUUGUUCAGCCUCCAAAAGAUGCUGCUGAAUUGGCAGAAGAAGAUAGCAAGCUUCUGCACAAGAAAAUGAGGCAAAUUCGGGCUGAGAUCAACACUGUGGGUCAAAUUAGACACAGAAAUCUUCUUCCUCUUUUAGCACACGUUUCUAGACCCGAUUGCCACUACCUUGUGUAUGAGUUCAUGAAGAAUGGGAGCUUGCAGGAUACGUUGAGUAAGGUUGAAACUGGUGAGAGUGAAUUGGAUUGGAUAUCAAGGCACAAGAUUGCUCUUGGUGUUGCUGCAGGACUUGAGUACCUUCACACGAGUCACAGUCCACGCAUAAUUCAUAGGGAUCUCAAGCCUGCCAAUAUUCUUCUUGAUGAUGACAUGGAGGCUCGAAUUGCAGAUUUCGGACUCGCCAAAGCCAUGCCCGAUGCUAAGACUCACAUCACAACUUCCAAUGUCGCUGGAACUGUGGGUUAUAUCGCUCCAGAGUAUCAUCAGAUUCUCAAGUUCACUGAUAAGUGUGAUAUAUAUAGCUUUGGGGUUAUACUUGGUGUGUUGGUUAUUGGAAAGCUUCCUUCUGAUGAGUUCUUUCAGCACACUGAUGAGAUGAGCUUGGUGAAGUGGAUGAGGAAGGUCAUGACUUCGGAGAAUCCCAAAGAGGCUAUUGAUUCAAAACUUUUGGGGAAUGGAUAUGAGGAUCAAAUGCUUCUGGUUUUAAAAAUUGCUUGCUUUUGCACCAUGGAUGAUCCUAAGGAGAGGCCUAAUAGUAAGGAUGUUAGGUGCAUGCUGUCACAGAUCAGCCACUGAGUCAGUAUGUUAUAUAAUGUGUACAAUGUUAAGUGUGCUAGUUUAAGAAUAUCAAUUAUAGUCAGAUCAUACAAGUUGGUUCAUAAGGUAAAUAAUGAACCGAUGUAAUGUUUUCUUCAUCACAGAUUGCUGAAUUUUUAAAAGAAAAACAAAGAUGGGUAGACAAAUUCAGCUUUGCGAUGACUCGUGUCUGUCACUACCAGUUUGUCUAUGUUUAUGUGCUGACAAUGAAAAAUAAAAUACUUUUACGCUGUUACC